GUCUGGUCGCGGGACGUGACUCGUAGUGGUAAUGGUUACCGUGAUGAGACUCAAGCAUGAAACAGAGCUUUGCAUCGUCCUCUUUUCUGCUUGUCUCUUCCCUUGGGCCCGGCGAGCUCGGGGCGCUUGUGAGCUACUUCAGAUCGCUCGGGAGGGUUUCCGCACCUGGGGCAACCAUGGUGAACGUUCCAAAGACCAAGAAGUCCUUUUGCAAUUCAAAGGAGUGCUCAAAGCACACCCUGCACAAGGUCACGCAGUACAAGAAGGGCAAGGAUAGUUUGUAUGCCCAGGGGAAGAGGCGGUAUGACAGGAAGCAGUCUGGGUUCGGAGGGCAGACCAAGCCCGUGUUCCACAAGAAGGCAAAAACCACAAAGAAGAUUGUUCUGAGGUUGCAGUGCCAGACCUGCAAGCACGUAACCCAACAUUCACUCAAGAGGUGCAAGCACUUCGAAAUUGGUGGUGACAAGAAGGGUAAGGGUGCCCAGCUCUUCUAGGUGCGUGUCUCGAGAACGUUCUAGCUUGCUAUCUUGGCGCGGGAGAAGAACUCCUGGAAAGAAACCUGUAUAUGCUCGUUGGAGAAUUUGGCAGUCUACUUCUGCGACGUAUGGCCUGAUGUGGUGGUAUGAUGGUGUAAUGCAAGCGUGGGAGAGCUUACUGCAUGAAUAUGUAACAUCAAUCUCUACACGCAUGGCCCCCGCACAUGCACUGUGUGUUAUCUGUGUCACACAUCAGCCUUUUCACUUAAUCUCUCAAGC